AUGUAUUUCCUUCUUUUCACAAGUCUAAGCUCACAGUUUGAGUGUACUCGGCCUAUUUAUAAUCAACACUUCAAGCAAUAUUACGACGCCUACGUCAUUCCAAAAUACGACGAAUACGUCGACCCACAUGUACAAGAAUUCGUCAUCCCUGCGUAUAAACAAUACGGAGAGCCACAAAUUGCUCAGCUCCAGAAGCUCUACGCUGCUCACGGCCAACCUCAACUUGAAAAGCUAAUAAAGCUCUACGAUACUCAUUUGAAAGACCACGUCGAUAAAACGAUCACGAGUCUGAAUGAGCAAGUCCAAACUCAUGUCGUGCCAACUGUCCAAAAUGUUCAAAAGGAACUCGAGCCAUUUUUCAACAACGCUGUCAAAAAUGGAACAGUCUUGGUCAAGCAACUUCGAGAACAAGCAAAUGUUCUCGCGGAAAACUGGGGUGUAGUUUGCGAACAAGGAAUCGCUGACAUGCGAGUUCAAAUCGACAAGUACAGUGCCCUUGCUCGUGAUGAGACGCUCAAGGGACUUGCUAAAGUUCAACGCGCUAGUAAAGAAUACGCUAAUGCUGCUCUUGUCAAUACCGAGGAGUAUCGACAACAAGCAUCCGUCAAGUUUGCUGAAGUUCAAUCUAUUGUAUAUGAAAGAGUUGAAACAACUAUUGCUAUCAUCCAAAAACAGCUUCCAAUCAUUCACGAGUUCCUGCUCGAGUACAACAUCGACAAGAUCUUCUCCAACAUCUUCGAGGGUAUCGGUCGAUCAAUCGUCUGGACAGGAGAUCUCAUUGGAAAAGUCGCUGCUGGAAGAUUCUGCUGCGCCCAGAGCCAAAUCGCCCGCCUUGGCAACGACAUCUACGAGCUCGGCCUUCUUGCAUACAAUCAAGUUCAAAAUCUUAUCCAAAAUUAG